GUUGAGUGAGUUUUUAUUUGUUUGGUUUCUGCCUCGGAGUCGGAGAUGUCCGCAAUUUUUGCUCGAAAACUAUGUGAAAAGUCGUGAAAUAAUUGUCCAAGUGCACUAAUUUAUGUUCACAAGUGUCUCAUGUGUGGUUUGGUGAUAUUUUACCCUGAGUGUGUGGAUUAUAUCGUGGGAAAAGAAUCAAAAUGUCGGCGAGUGACAUCGAGAUCGAAGACUUCUUGAACGGGCCUCUCGUUUCAUGGCUGGAGUCAUGUCUUCCGCGCCCGGAGAUCCUCUCGGGCUACACAUCCCUGCUGGAUGGCGCAAUUAUCAACAGUGUCGUGCUGCAGAUCGACCCCGAGCCUCAGCAUCACCUGGUGAAGCUCAUUGGGCUCGAUGGGGUGCUCCUGGCCAAUGCCAGGGCGCGCAACUUUGACGCAAUCGUGAGGAAUUUGCGGAAUUUGUACGAGGAGGAGCUGGGACAGAGAGUACUCAUCCUGCCCGAUUGCAGUGUCUUGGGGCACUCGCCGGAGACGUCUCAAGGACUGGAGCAGAUGAAGUUGAUGCUGAUUCUGCUCCUGGGAGCGGCUGUUCAGUGUCCGAAUAAGGAGCUGUUCAUUGGUAGGAUCAAGGAGCUCGAUCUGGAGACGCAGCACGCCAUUGUGGAGCUGAUAAAGCAAGUGACAGACAAUCAGAGUCUCGUGCUGACGAAUGAAUCAAUGGAGCACCUCACGCCGGAUAUGAUGUACAGCCAUUUGCUGCGAGUGACCAAAGAACGCGAUCAAUACCACUCGAAUUGGAUAACGAGUUUCAUAAUUGAGACGGAAGUGGGACACAAUAAUGGUCCACAGCGGAUUAAUUCAAUGUCACCACCGUCCAGUGCCACGACAAAUGGUCCGGACAGUAAUCACAUGGUGGUUGAGUUGGCUGAUCUCAAAUCCAAGCUGCGGAAGCUGCGACAGGAGCUGGAGGAGAAGUCCGAGGCGUUCAUGGAGGUGAAAGAGGAGCUGGAGCACAAGACGUCGCAGUACGAGAAGUUGCGAACGGAGAGCCAGGAGUGGUACACGGAGGCGAGGAGGGCGUCAGCGUACAGGGAUGAGGUGGAUGUGCUGAGGGAGAGAGCGGAGAGAGCUGACCGACUUGAAGUGGAGGUGCAGAAGCUCAAGGAGAGGCUCAGUGAUGCGGAGUUCUACAAAACGCGCGUGGAGGAGUUGAGGGAAGACAAUAAGACUCUGUUGGAGACAAAAGAGAUGCUUGAAGAGCAACUACAGAGGGCGAGAAAGCGCAGUGAUCAUGCCUUGGUACUCGAGUCUGAGAUAAUCAAAUACCAGCAGAAAUUGAAUGAUAUGGCGCUGGAGAGAGAUGUUGACAAGAACAAACUUCAGGAAUUGGUGGAUGAAAACACUCAGCUUCAACUAGCCACGAAAAAUCUUACGGCAAUGUCGGAUCUCAAUCAAGCCACGUCAGAUCUCGAGGAGGAGAGCGUCUCGGCGGACAACAGUCUUUCUGGUCAGUUGACAAACAAUGCCCAAACGAGAGCACUUCGAUUAGAGUUGGAGAAUCGAAGGUUGCUAGCGACUUUGGAUGCGAUGAAAGAGUCUUCCUUCCAUGAGUCUUCCAAUAAGAUCCUCGAAUUGGAGAAGGAGAAGAAAAAGUUGUCGUUGAAAGUGGAGCAGAUGCAGGAAAACUGCAAGAGACAAGUGCAGCAAAUUCAGGAAUUGGAGGAUGUGUUUAAGAAUGCCUUGGAAGAGAAUAAAAAGCUCCAGGACAGCCUGGAUGCACGGCAGCAGGCUAAUGAUAGACAGAGCCAGGAGCGUGAGGCUGAUCGGAUGAAGAUGAUUGAUCUGGAGAAGCAGAUCGAGACGCUGGUGAAGGAGAAGCAACGAAUACAGAAUCUGAGUGAGAGUAUCCAAAGGCGGGCGGAUGAUGUUGAGCGACUCUGUGACACGAAGACGAGAGAAUGUGAAUCCUUGUCGGAGAAAUUGGUGGAAUUUGACAGGACGAAGAACCAACUGGACGACCUGAGGGAGAAGGUGACGACGAUGGAGAAGGAGAAUGUCAAUUUCACAAAAGAGGUUGUAAAGCUUAGAGAGAAUUUAGAGGAGAAAGACAAACAAUUGGAUAGAAAUAGCAGUGAAAUUGAGAGCAGUCAUAAGGAGAUGCAGAGAUUACACGAUGAACUGGCGGAAAAGUCGGUGGAGGUGAAGAGAAUCGCUGAGCUGGAGAAGCAAAACAAUGAGUUGAUAUCGCAGGGGAAGAUUGACGCGGAAACAAUCGCCACACUCCAGAGAGAUCUGGUGAAUGGGGCUCUCGUGUCCAACAAGGUGAAGCAGGGCUUGGAGAAAUUGGGUCUCGACGAUGCUGCGCUCGAUCAAUCGGAAUUCAAUGUUGAGAAUGUUGUGGAGAAGCUCGUGAAGAAUCCCGAGACGUUCAGAACGGUCAAGGAAAUCAUGCUUCAUGUGGGCAAAGAGACAACGUCGUCUGACAUGUGCGUUCUCUGCCAUCGCAAGGAGAUCUUCACGGUGGAGAAGGAGAUUGAGAUCAGCAAUGACAGUGAGGCAGAUCUGCUCAAUCAGACUGAGCAGGUUGUCUCAUCUGUGAGUGCUCAGUGGAAGAAGCAAUGUGAUCAUCUCUAUGCUGAGAAUUCCACCCUCAAGACGCUCAAUGAGCAGCUGGAGGGCGAGAGUGCGAGGCAGAAGGUAGCCUUGGCGACGGCAGAAUCGCAAAUGGGAUCGCUGAAUAGUCAGUAUGUGGCUCUGCAAGUGACCAAUUCACAAUUGACUGCAGAGAAGGAGUCGCUGAUGAAGCAGAUGGACAUCUACAAGCAACGCAAUGAGUCCUUGAGGCACGAUCUCCUGUCGCUGCAGUCAAUGCUGGAGCAGUCCAAUUCGGAGUACGAUGCGUCGCGCAGUGAGAAUAAGGACCUCAAGACCACUAUUCGGGACCUGAAGGCUGAGAAUCGGGAUCUGAGGGAGCGACUGUUCGCAAUGGAGAAGGAGUUGAAGGAAUUGGAGGCGGAGAGCAAGACCACGAAGUCUGAUUCGAUGAAUCUCACGAAUUUGCGGGCGGAGCACUCGAAGCUGAAGGAGGACUUUAGGAAUCUCUUCACGCAGAAUGACCGGAUGAAGCAGCAGUACAAGACGAUGCAGGAGCAGUAUCGGAGCAUGCGGAAUGAGAAUGGGCGGCUGAUGCUGCAGAACACUGAGAUCAAGGGCGAACUGAGCAGCAGGAGUGAUCAUGCGACGGGCCUGGAGAUUGAGUUGGCCAAAGUGCAGCAACAGUGUGAUAUGUUGGUGAAGGCCAACAGUGAUUUGGACACGGACCGGCAAAAGUUGAUGGACAAUGUGUCGCAGCUGCUGUCGCAGUAUCACGAGCUGAUUGUGAUGUCGCAGCAGGAUCGGCAGCACUAUCACGAGGAGGAGAAGUGCUACACGGACAAGUUGAACAGUCUGUACAGGCAGAAGGAGCAGCUGGAGGAGAAGAUAAUGGACUACUUCAAGAAGAUGGAUAACUGUGCACCGAAAAAGAAGCCUUUUGGGUCGAAUCUCGUGAAGAGAGUGAAGAAAGCCGGCUCAGACAUAAUGAAUCGCGUCCCAAAUAGGUACCGGAAGUCAUGGAUUGACGACAGUCGACUCACCCAGAGUCAGCUGAUUAUGGGCUCAGAGUCCGGUGGCAAUGAUUCCGACAAUAGCACGGAGGAGCCCAAUUCUGUGUCCUCCGACACGACUCUGCUGAGUCGCUACUCAAAUUCCAGGCACAGCCUUCAGAGGAAGCCCAGUGAUAAUGGUGGUGAGUCUCCUCUGACGCGCGGCGGAGUGCGCGGGAGUCUGCAGACGACGUCGCCGCGGCGCGAUGAGUUGAGUCGAGCGAACAGGAACAGCUUGCACAUGUUGGACGGAGCGUCUGUGGGACCGGACGUGACGGUGGCGGCUCUGGGGACGGCAGGAAGUCGCCGGACGGUGUACCUGAUGGACGAGAGCACCAAAUUGCCCGAGGCCGCGCCGUCGCCCAGUCACUCCCAGUCAUCAGCGGGCGGAAGCAGCGGCGCGAAUUGCGCGAAUAGCGCUGACAAUGGCACACAUCAAUCGCCCGGCAAUCCAUCGACACUCCUAAUGUACAAUCGCAUCUCCAAUGUGAUCGGGGGCGAUGUCGUGUCCAUGGGAGGCUCAUCUGGUGCUCAGAUGAUCAGCGGCGACAAGGCGAAUCACCGUGACAGUGGCAGCAAAAAGAGACCACCGAAUGAGGAGAAGGACAAGGAGCCGGCCAUUUGGUAUGAGUACGGAUGUGUGUGA